AUGAAGCACUAUAGGGGGAGUCUAAAGAGCCUGAACACCGGAAUCGUAACCCUAUUGAAUUACGGCAAACACGUGCCCCCAAUCGUAAGCCACGUAACGCUGGCCCACGAAAUCGGUCACAACUUUGGCUCUCCGCACGAUCCGGAAGAGGACACAAACUGCACGCCUGGAGGAGAGAACGGGAAUUACAUAAUGUUCGCGAGGGCCACAUCCGGCGACAAGAGGAACAAUAAUAAAUUCAGUCCGUGUAGUCUCAAGAGUAUUAACGCUGUCCUCAACACCAAAGCCAAGAGUCUGAAGGGAUGUUUUCAA